AUGAGCGGCUGGCGGCUGGGUGAUAUACAGUUAAAACAAUCGGGUGUUAUUAAUCUGGUUCAACAAGGGAUAUUCCUGACUGUAGAUGCUUUGACAACAAAGCGUGGAAAAGAAGGUGGAUGGGUUGUUGAGCGUCUUUUGAACCAGCUCCUGAUAGAACUAGAUGGUGCAGAUCAGCGACGUGGUGUUUAUGUAAUUGGUGCAACAAAUAGGCCUGAGGUGAUGGACCGAGCUGUCUUACGACCUGGACGGUUUGGGAAACUUCUAUAUGUUUCUCUGCCGAGUCCUGAUGAGCGCGGGUUGAUCUUAAAAGCUCUUGCUAGGAAGAAGCCUAUAGAUGCCAGUGUUGACUUGAUUGCCAUUGGAAGGAAUGAGGCUUGCAAAAACCUAAGUGGAGCUGACCUUGCUGCCCUGAUGAAUGAAGCGGCCAUGGCUGCUCUAGAAGAGAGACUGACAUCAGGGCAGAGCAGUUCAGAUGGCACACCAUGGACUAUCAAAGCAUCACAUUUUGAGCUGGCGUUGGGAAAAAUCUCCCCAUCUGUCUCAGACAAGCAACAACAGUACUACCAGUAUUUAUCAGAGAGCUUCAGAGCAUCGUGA